GUCCUUCUUCAACUUCAACUGGCAUGAAUAUUGCCGUUGCUCGAUAAUAACCACCAUUUCGCUUCCUCUUGUCAAUACUGCUGCUCUGCAGCCGCCAGCCGUCGUCUUUGAACCCCUCGAUUCUUUCCGUCAUUACCCAUCCGCUCUACUCCACCUCUACCUCGUCCUUCACCUACUUCACAUCCUCCAACAUAACCAUGGCUACCAAUUCCAUCAAACUGUUGACUGGAAACAGUCACCCAGAGCUUGCGAGGCUCGUCGCAGAUCGACUAGGCAUCGAGUUGACGAAAAUUAUGGUUCUGCAAUUAUCCAAUCAGGAGACAAGUGUUACUAUUGGCGAAAGUGUGCGAGAUGAGGAUGUUUUCAUCCUGCAAUCAACAAAACCAAACGACAUUAACGAUGGGCUUAUGGAGCUGCUGAUUAUGAUCAAUGCUUGUAAAACCGCCUCUGCUCGACGCAUCACUGCUGUCAUCCCGAACUUCCCCUAUGCGCGCCAGGAUAAGAAGGAUAAGAGUCGGGCGCCGAUCACGGCGAAACUGAUGGCGAACAUGUUGACGACCGCUGGCUGCAACCAUGUUAUUACCAUGGACCUUCACGCGAGCCAAAUUCAGGGUUUCUUCAAUAUCCCUGUCGACAAUCUAUACGCGGAGCCCAGUAUGCUGCGAUGGAUUCGGGAGAAUCUGGAUGUGGAGAAUUGUGUGAUUGUGAGUCCGGAUGCUGGUGGUGCUAAGAGGGCUACUGGUAUCGCUGAUCGACUUGACUUGCAAUUUGCCCUCAUCCACAAAGAACGGCCUCGUCCCAACGAAGUGUCCCGAAUGGUCUUGGUCGGAAACGUUAAGAAUAAGACCGCCAUCAUCGUUGACGAUAUGGCGGAUACUUGCGGAACUCUGGUCAAGGCGGCUGACACGGUAAUGCAGCACGGCGCGAAGGAGGUCAACGCUAUUGUCGUCCACGGCAUUCUUUCUGGAAAUGCGAUUACCAACCUGAACAACAGCUGCCUCAAACGCAUCGUCGUUACCAAUACCGUCCCUCAUGAGGAUAAGAAGGAACUUUGUGACAAAAUCGAAACCAUCGAUAUCAGCCCCACUCUUGCGGAGGCUUGCAGACGUACACAUAAUGGGGAGUCUGUCAGUUUCUUGUUCUCGCAUGCAGUUGCAUAGAUUUAACAGUUUUCUCAAUCGUUAUGAUGAAUUGUUCUCUGUCUCGGUCUACCAUUAUUGUAUGUUUGCUACUUCUGGUCAUAUGGGAUUGUUUCUACUGCUUGGGGUUAUUCUUAUCGUUUUAAAAGGUUGGAUGCAUAUAUUUAUACUACAUAUGA